UGAAAACUGUAAAAUAAUCGAAGAAAAAAAAAUAAUCGUCGUAAUAAUCGAUUAAUCGAAAUAAUCGAACAGCCGUAAGUAAGCGUACAGAAUGGUACGAUCCAAAAACGGAACGAUGGCAUUAUGGACCAGAAAUGAUUACAAGUCGUGGAAGAGCUGGUCUAGCCGUAGUGAAAGAUAAUUUAGUGUUUUCUUUGGGUGGUUUUGAUGAUGAUGUUGAAUCUCUUCGGUCUGUCGAUGUCCUAGAUUUAUCUUCAGAAUCACCCUGUUGGAAACCAAGUGUUGGCAUGUUAGUUGAACGAGAUAUUUUAGGAGUUGGUGUUAUCAAUAAUUACCUAUAUGCCGUCGGUGGACAUAAUGAUAGUGAUGGUAUAUUAGAUACUGCAGAAGUUUUCGAUUACGAUACUCAAGAAUGGAGUUUCAUAACAAGUAUGUCUACUAUAAGAUAUGACUUUGGGGUCGGAGUCCUGAAUAAUCUUUUAUACGUGUUGCUGAAUUCAAUGGUAUAAUAAUUACUUGGGAACUGAUUUAAUUUCAAUGACCGACAAACCUAUUUAGAAGUAUAAAAGCUGAAUUAUACUAUCUUUGCUUACCACCGCACCGGUAGGAGGACUUGGUCAAUCAUCACAGGCUUUAGACACUGUUGAAUGUUAUGAUCCCAGUCUUGAUACAUGAACACCAGCCUCAAAAAUGUGUGUACAUCGCAGAGGUGCUGGUGUAGGAGUUUUAGACGGUGUACUGUAUGCUGUAGGUGGUCAUGAUGGAUUUAACUACCUGAGUAGUGUUGAAACGUACACACCAAAUACAGGCGUUUGGACUUCUAUUGGAGAGAUGAGUUUACCUCGACGACAUGCAGGAGUAGUUGCAUUAGACGGUUUAUUGUACGUCGUCGGUGGAGAUGACGAAACUUCUAAUUUGGAUGCUGUAGAAUGUUAUAACCCAAAAACUAAUACCUGGACCAUGGUCACUGCAUCAAUGAAUGAUAAACGGAAUUCAGUAGGAGUAGUAGUCAUUAAUAGGCCACAACAUUUUAAAACUUGUUAGCAUUCAUGAUUUUUUUUUUGAUACAAUAAAUAAAUGUUUUCUUCUUUUA